UACCAACUCGUAGCAUUUUUCCCUGUCGCGUAAAGCAAAAUUAAUACUAACUCCCAAAACCACACCAAAGGAGAAAGGACAAUCUCUUGAAAAUCAGAAACGCCACAUACACACAUCACCCACCCCCACCCCCUCUCAACUCUUUCUCUCUCUUACUCAUUCAUUCCUGUCAUCACCGGCCGCCGGAGAGGAGCUGUUCUACAAUCCCGGCGAAGGAUUUUGAAGACAUGAGCGAAGACGCGAAAAGGACCGGAGGAGCUCCGGUGGCUAAGCCUACCUCCGAUGAUCGGAGAAGCUCCUCAGGUUCCGUUCCGUCUCCUAUAGGCAAAAAAAUCACCAUCAAAAGUGCCGAUAUGAAACCUGAUGUUCAAAAGGAGGCCGUCGACAUUGCUAUUGCUGCAUUUGAGAAGUAUAAUGUAGAGAAAGAUGUAGCUGAACAGAUUAAGAAGGAGUUUGAUAAGAAGUACGGUCCUACUUGGCAUUGCAUUGUCGGCAAAAACUUCGGCUCUUAUGUGACUCAUGAGACAAAUCACUUUGUCUACUUCUAUUUGGAUUCAAAAGCUGUUCUUCUGUUCAAAUCUGGCUGAGCUUGGUAUUGAUAUAGAUGGAAAAGCUAAUGAGACUUCGGCGGAUGAUGAUGCUAUAUUUUGCCUUUGCACGUAUUCUUUUGAUAAUUCCAAGCUGCAACUAUUUGGUGAAAAUUCUUGUACCUGUAUAUUCCUGUUUUUACUUUGUGUAAACAAUUCUAAACUUGAUCACAUUGUUCUUUAAGUUGUACGUUUAUGCUUGAUAACUUGAGGCAAAACAGAAACUAUGGGUUUAUUGAGUGGCGAGAAAAGCCAGUGGUCAGUUUCAGACUAAGCGCUGAAGAUUUUUAGCA